AUAUGUCGGCUAAAAUGUUUUUGCGCGAUAGCUCCCCCGUUGUUGGCUGAUUGUGGUUGGUUGGUGGUAACACUUUUACCUCCGAAAUGACUUGCUUAUCGCACCCACAAGUUGCGCGAUUUCGGCCUAAACAAAAUCCAACAGUGACCAAGUAAAAACUCCCACGUGAUCCCCCCCCAAAAAAAAAAACAAAAUCGAUCAAAGCCCAAGAGAAUAAAUCCGCCCAGUGUAACAAAAAACGAAAAAUAAGCAAAAACCCAAUUCCUCCAGUUGAAAAAAAAAAACACCCGGUGGGUGGGGGGUCCGAAGAUAAUUGAGGGUCUCCCAAUGCGUGAAACAAGCACAAGAAGAUAUCGAGAGGGAGAGAGAGAGAGAGAGGAUAAUCGUGUAAUGCAAACGAGUGUCUAAAAACAAUAAAAAUCGACUGGGGAAUAAAACACCAUUGGGAUAAAUUAAAUGCAGAGUACCUCAACAAUAGUGUGAACAGUUGUUCUACACGUUGGAAUAUAAAUAAAAUAUAAUUGGGUGGUACUUGUAUUGGUGAUGGGAGCUAAAACAAGUACAGUGGCACAAGCUGCUGGUGGCGAUGGUCAAUCGUCAACUGGCACUAAUGACACUACUAUCCAGGGUUUCUCGAUACUGCGAUCAUUGCCAGGUGGUGUUGGUAUGAUACAACAGCAUCAACAGACUAAUCAAACACAAUCAUCCAGAGUACCUGGUGAUAACAGACAGCGUGCUAGAUCUUUGAGCUCAGUGCCUGAUCUAUCGUCUGGGGAACAGGGUAAUUUAGGAAAUUCCGUUGGGGUCAAUGUUGGACAGGCACUUGGUCUUGCUAAUCUCGAUUCUGAUGAUGGGGAUGAGGACAGUGGAAGGGUCUAUGCUGCUCACAGUCUGCCCUCUCAUAUAUGGUCUUUAAAUGGUCUCAAGUGUCCUGUGUGCUCCAAAUUUAUACUACCGGAUGAUAUUGAGUGUCACUUAGUUAUGUGUUUGACGAAACCGCGCCUUAGCUACAACGAGGAUGUAUUAGCUGAUGAGAAGGGAGAGUGUGUCAUUUGCUUAGAGGAGCUACAGCCUGGUGAUGUGAUAGCCCGUUUGCCAUGUCUUUGCAUAUAUCAUAAAAAUUGCAUCGACAAAUGGUUUCAAGUGAAUCGUAGCUGCCCUGAGCAUCCGGGCGAUUGAUUUUGUAAUUGUUGAUUUUGCGAGAUUUUUAAGAAAAAAAAAAAGAAAAAAGAAAGAAAGUUAUUCAGGGAAGAGCAUAUACGAAAGAGAGUUGAAUUUGUACACAUAUAUAAAUACACACGUAUAUCCAACAGAGUGCAUAUAUCGACGUAUAUAGCCCCACUAUAUAUAUGUAUAUACCUGUUUAAUAUGGAGGUAUAUACAUAUAUGUAAGAAUGAGAUUACGUAUUAGUGUAGUUUCAUACCGCCGGUGGGAUGGUGUCUCCUGCCUUUUUACUCAAAAGAAAUAAAUAAAAUCAUGAGGAUA